AUGCCUGACUACCCGAAAGCGCUGAUUUACACGGCAAAUUCGGCAGCCGUGCUGUCGGUUUUGGCCCUAGGAACGCUGGUGUUUUCGAUUCCGGCGCUCUUCUGCGUCAUCCACGAGAUGGACACCGAUCUCGACCUCCGCCGCACCGAAAUGUCCGACCUGAGCAAGAAGAUGUGGGACGACUUGAAGGGGCAGCAGGGAGAGAUCCGCCGAGCUCGCCGACAGAACUACGAGGAGAAGGGCGACGUUGCCAGUGCGGGAGAAGCUUCGACGACCACCGGGCCCAAGCCGGCCCCGCAAUUGGACGAAUCGUGCCCGGCUGGACCGAAAGGGGCCCCAGGAGCUGACGGCAUUCCUGGGCCGGAUGGGCCUGAUGGCGUGCCAGGCCAAAGUGGUGAGAACGGAGGGGACGAGCAGAUGGAUGGCCCGGGAGGAGCUUGUGCCGAUUGCCCGGCUGGGCCUCCUGGUCUUCCUGGUUAUAAGGGAAAGCGUGGACCACGUGGCGAGAAGGUG